AUGGGUGAGGAAGCAAAACAGGCCGAGUCAAAGCCAGCAGAGGAGAAGAAAGAGCCUAAACCACCAUCUCCAUGUGUGCUGUUUGUGGACUUGCAUUGUACGGGAUGCGCCAAGAAAAUUGAAAAAUAUGUUAUGAAAAUGAGAGGAGUUGAGGGAGUGGUGAUUAAUAUGGCUAAAAAUGAAGUGACCAUAAAGGGAAUAGUGGAGCCUCAAGCAAUCUGCAACAUAAUUAUGAAGAAAACAAAGAGAAGAGCCAAAGUUAUAUCUCCAUUGCCUGAAGCAGAAGGAGAACCUAUACCAGAAGUUGUUACUUCUCAGGUUAGUGAACCAGUUACUGUGGAACUUAAUGUAAACAUGCACUGUGAGGCCUGUGCUGAGCAACUCCAGGGAAAGAUACUCAAAAUGAGAGGAGUUCAAACAGCUGUGACAGAGCUUAGCACAGGGAAGGUUACUGUGACAGGAACCAUGGAUGCAGACAAGCUGGUUGAUUUUGUCUAUAGACGCACCAAAAAGCAAGCCAAGAUAGUUCCCCAACCAGAACCUGAACCAGAAAAGAAAGAAGAAAAGAAAGAAGCUGAGAAACCUGCAGCAGAAGAGGCUAAACCUGAAGAAAAAGCAGAGGAGAAACCAGCCGAGGAACCCAAGAAAGAAGAGGGUGGUGAAGGUGGUGACGAUAAGAAUGAGAAUAAAGAAGAAAAGGGUGGCGAAGAAGGCAAAGAAGAAACCAUGAAAGAAGUAGGUGAUCAGAAUGGAAUGGUGCUUAACAUUGAUGAGGAAGGCAUGAAGAGGAUGAUGUACUAUUCCCAGCCAUUUUAUGUGAUUGAACAAAUCCCACCCCCUCAGCUCUUCAGCGAUGAAAAUCCCAAUGCAUGCUGCAUUUCAUAA